AUCACAGCUGAGUCAGAGCGGGAGUCACAACAACUGCAGAAUCACUGGUCUGAGGUCAGAUACCUGGUCCGGUGCAUUUACCGCCAGACUGGGACUCCACUGGCUGAUGAUCAGGAUCAGCCUCUUGACCGGGACAAAGAGAGCAUGAAGGAACUCGUUGACAGGCUUUGUGAGAAAGAUCCCUACCAGUUGUACCAACGUCUGGAACAGCAGGCAAGGGAGUAUGUCUUAGAGAUGAAAGUGCGGCUACUCAAGCACCUGUCCACAGGCUCAAAGGCACCCGGUGCAGUGGCUCAAGGGCCUCCACAGGCCCAUCAGUUCAUCUCACUGCUGCUAGAGGAGUACAACACACUCUGCCAGGCGGCCCGCACCAUCAGCAGCUUCCUGCUCACCCUGGAGAAUGAACAUUUGCAGAAGUUUCAAGUGACAUGGGAGCUCCACAAUAAGCACCUUUUUGAGAACUUGGUGUUCUCUGAACCCAUCCUGCACAACAGUCUACCUGCCUUAGUGGCCCAGCUCAGGCAGGGCACCACAUCCCAUGAUUCAUACGGUGAGGAUAUGUACCGUACACUGCUGGAGAGAUACCACCAGCUCGACCAGGAGAUGAGUGCAGUGGCUCUCGAUUGGCUGGAGUGUGAGAAGAGGAUUGAUGACUAUGUUGAUGAGCAGUUGCUUUUCAAGGUUGAAGGUCAGAAUCUCACAAAUCAAAGGGAAGAACCACAUACGUCUUUAAUUAAUAGAAAUAUGUCUUUAAGAACCAAGCAGCGGAUGCUCAAAGAAGAUGCAGAGAUAUUCAAACAGAAAAGAUUUUUUGAAGAGCAGUUUCUACCGAACAGUAGAAAAUCUCUGGGUGGUGACAGUAAGUUCACAGACACCGUGAAACAGAUGCUUUCGUCCAGACUGAGUAUCCCAGACUGUCCCAACUGCAACUACAGAAGGAGAUGCACCUGUGACGACUGCAGCCUGUCUCACAUUCUGACCUGUGGCAUCAUGGAUGCUCCUAUGGCAGAGGAUCUGCAUCUGAAGCUGCCCCUGCAGGCGGAGCCUCCCCGGGACUACUUGUCAGAGGUCCAUCCCCCCAGCAUGUCAUCGGGAAGCUCAGGGUCCGGCUCAGCCCCAGGCUCCCCCAUCACCUUCCAGCAGCACCCUCGUCUCAUCCUGCCACAGGAUGGCACCACCACAUUCGAUGAUGAAGUGCCUCCGUUGUCUGCCAUCUACCCUCUGAGUGGGUACGAAGACCCUGCGGUGGUGGCCCGCAUUAAUGGCAUCCACAGUCAGCUCAGUGGAGGAGAAGAGAGCAUGACCCUUAAAGAUAAAUCUUCACAGGGGACCAGCAGCAGUAGCAGUUCCUCUGAAGGUGAUGAGGAGGAGAGGGAGAGUGGUGAGGAGCCUCCAGGCCAGAAGGUGUCACUCUCUGGAGGGAAAAAUGACUGUCCGCCUCCGUCAUACCCUUAUUCACAGGUGGAUCAGGUACAACAUCAGUGCGAAUGUCAUGUGUGCAAUCAGGGCAACGGGGGCGGUAGCGCCUCCGGCCUGAACUCCACCUGUCUGCCUACCACCAGGCUGCAUGCGGGGGGUCACCAUUUCUUCUCAGAGAAGACGGCAGCCCACCCUGCCCUCCACCUCUACCCCCACAUCCACGGCCAUCUACCCUUACACAACCUCUCCCACCUGCCCAGACCACUGCUGCCCACCCUCUACUCCACCCCUCCGCUCACACACAGCAAGACUCUCCCUCCCAGCCCCACAUCCAGUCAAACAGGCGGAAAGCAGCAAGUGUUCAACCCCACCCUACCAGAGCAUGUCUACCAGAGCUGCUUCAACACAGCAGGGGACUGGAACGGCUCUUUGCCAUGUCCCUCGCUUAAACUAGAGAACCUCUGGGACACGCACAUGAUGAAAAACUGGAACCCUUCUGUGCUGCUACAGGAACCCCUACCUGGUGACAUGCUGGGCCCUCCCCUUCCCGACGUGCACCUUCUCUCCUCCAGUUUGGACCCCAAUGUCAAUCCCCACCCUGCUCCAGAUGGCAAAGAGAAGAAGAACGGCGCCAAGAAAAAGUGUCUCUUCAACUACCAAGAUGCCUUCAUGGAGGCGAGUGAAGUGGUGAUGGCCACUUCCUCUGCCGCCACCUCUGUCUCCAGUACCGCCACCACUGUCCAGUCGAAUGAAGUUUUCCAUAAUUUAGGUAAAGAGGACCAUAGACAUCCCACUCCUGUUGCUCCUAGGAAUAGUCCCACUAGUCUCGCGUCUCUCCCCCCUUUCAGCGGAACCUCACAUCCCUCUUCCCCCAACACCCACCUACCCAGUAUAGGCACCCAGUCCUUCCCAAAGACUGUAACUCAGACUCCAGGCUACAUGGAUGUCCAUCAGGGUCUGUGCUUGUCAGCUGGUGAGCAGCCAACCGUCCCGGUCGAUGGUUUAGUCAGUGGUCCAAAUAGCGUGUGCAGCGAUCCAGACUGUGAGGGUCAUCGCUGUGAAGGGAACGGAGGCUACGAACACCAGCCAUAUGAAGGAGAGGAGAGCCAAGAUGAGGACAGCAGCUCAGAGCACAGCUCCUCUACCUCCACCUCCACCAAUCAGAAGGAAGGAAAGUACUGUGACUGCUGCUACUGUGAAUUCUUCGGUCACGGAGGGCCCCCUGCCGCACCCACCAGUAGGAACUAUGCAGAGAUGCGGGAGAAGUUGCGACUCAGGCUGACUAAGCGGAAAGAGGAACAGCCUAAGAAAGAAGAAUUGCUGCUCGAGCAGGACGGGGUGAAGGACCAUCGCAAGGUAGAGGACCUGUUACAGUUCAUCAACAGCGCGGAGAGCAAACCAGCCAGCAGCUCCAAAGCAGCCAAACGUGCCCGUCACAAACAAAAGAAGCUGGAGGAGAAAGCCCGUCUAGAGGUGGAGGCUCGGGAACUGGAGGUACAACAGCAGUUUCUAAAGGAACAGAGAAGGCGGCAACAGGAGGAGGAGGAAGCACUGAAGCAGGAGCUGCUCCGUUUGCAGGAAAUGCAGCAGUUGCGGGCAUCUAAGAAGAAAAAGAAAGACAAUAAAGUCAAGGAGGUAACCAAGUCUGAAAAUCCUUCUCUCGUUCCAGCAACCAACAGCCCUCAGCCUCUUCAACAGACAGCACAGAGCGUUUUAGAAAAGAACAUGCAUAACGGCAAAACACAGCUACUGCACAAUCUCAUCCGUCUCAGUCCUAAGGAGCCUCGUAUAGAACCUGAAUCCCCCACGGGUGGGAAGAACAGCCCAUUGCAACAGCCAAGCCUAAAGACUUGCAAAGAGAGACCUUCAGAGUCUCCUGCCCUCCUGAAUGGCACCUCCUCCCACCCAGAGUCCUCCCAUACCAAGGUCAAACCCAAACAGCAAGCAAAUGGCUCCAAACCCAACAGUGAGGCCACAAAGAGGCCAGCUGAGACUUCCAAAGCUUCAGAGCUUCCCAAAGCCGGGAAUGCAGCCAGCCCUCAAACUGACACCAAAGCCAAGCAGAAAGCUUCAGACGAGUCAGUGACCGAGAUCAAGAGGGACGAAAGGACUAAUGGGAAAAAGACACAGAAUGGAGGGAAAGACGAGAGGAACUCUCCUGUUAUUGAAUCUUCUGCUGUAGAACCUCCUCAGCAGAACGGCAAAGUCCCAAACAAUGAGUCCCCUCAGCCCAAAAGCAAAGCCAAGAAGAAUAAGAAGAAAAAAGCCGACAAGACGAGUAACUCAAUAGAUGAUGUUUUUCUGCCCAAAGACAUUGAUUUGGACAGCGUAGACAUGGACGAGACCGAACGCGAGGUGGAAUAUUUCAAAAGGUUCUGCUUGGACUCAGCGCGACAGACAAGGCAGAGGUUGUCCAUCAACUGGUCCAAUUUUAGCUUGAAGAAGGCCACGUUUGCUGCCCACUAAAUGGGUCUUCCUUUCAAGAGACAAUGGCAGGAAUCGAUAAGCGUUCCUCCGGUUUCUUCUCUCUCUCCCAUGUUUCUACAGACUGACUGCUGACCCCAGUGCUGCUAUGUUUCAACUGCUCCUCUGGUCUACAUUAUCCAUGCCGCCUUGCCUUGUCCUUGUUGCUAUGGGUUCCGCAAA